AUGAAGCUCCUAUACAAAUCAAAUCCAAGAACUUUGGUCUUGUAUUCCGACACAUACAGUCUAACGUUUAGAACAUCAACUAAACAAACAAAUGCACCAAAGCCAACUGUCAAUUUGGAGCUAGUACCAAACAGUAGUAUAACUCCAGAAGCCGGGUUUCGUACAUUACUCAGAAGAGAAGUGUAUGGAUGUUUAGGAUUGAUUUAUGUCGACAAUCAAAUUUUCCUUUCCGUGAUUACUGGAGCAUUAACAAACGUUGCUAAUCCAAUCAAGAAUGAAACAGUAGAUAAGAUAUACUCAGUUGAUUUUGUUUCGUUGAAUAAUAGUGAGUGGGACUUUGUUGAAUUGGACUCACAAGGUUACCCAGUGGUGACUAAUGACGAUGAUGAUGAUGCAAGGUAUAACCGUGUACAACAUCCGUGUUUUGAAUUUAGAAAGUUGCUAUCUAAUGGAUCUUUCUACUACUCAAAUGACUUUGACCUUACUUCAACUUUACAAACUAGAGGCGUCAAUGAAAGUCUUGACGAGUUGAACAAUUAUAGCCCGCAAUACAUGUGGAAUUCGUUCUUGAUGGAUGAAAUGAUACAAUUUAGAUCUAACUUAGAUAGCAAUAAUAGAUCCGUGUUGGACGAUAAUCGUUUCUUAACUACCGUCAUUCGAGGGUUUGCUAAGACAGUUGCAAUGGGACGUCAAGAUUCAAUAACAAUUAUUUCGAAGCAAUCGUGGCGAAGAGCAGGGACUCGAUACAAUACCAGAGGUAUUGAUGAUGAUGGUAAUGUGGCAAACUUUGUUGAAACUGAAUUCAUUUAUUACAACCCGUCAAGAAAAUCCAUUUUCACUUAUACACAAAUCAGAGGAUCGGUGCCGACAUUUUGGGAGCAAGAUUCAACUUUGAUUAACCCCAAAAUUACGCUUACUAGAUCUCUUGAGGCAACACAGCCGGUAUUCAAUAAACAUUUUGCCGAAAUUGGAGAGCACUAUGGCGUCUGUCACAUUGUGGACUUGUUGUCGAAAACAAAGUCAUCAGAAGUACAAUUAUCAAACAGAUACAAACAAUUGUACAAAAAUUGUGAUCGCAGAGAGGAGAUUGAGUACACGGCAUUUGAUUUUCAUGCCGAGACAAAAAAUGCUGGAGGCUUUGCUGGUGCUACAAGAAUUCUCCCCAAAUUGUACGAGUCGAUGCGUGAAUUUGGCUACUUUUCUUACGACUUGGAACAGGAUCUGGUAAUUACAAGACAAGAUGGGGUGUUUAGAGUCAACUGUUUGGACUGUCUUGAUCGAACCAAUUUAAUAGAGCAGGUCAUUUCCAGAACCGUUUUUGAAAACAUCCUCAAACAGCAAACUACAUCUCAUGGAAACCAAGCAAGAGACCAUGCUAUGAUUGAAAAUUUUAUAAUUAAGCAUAACGAGUUAUGGGCCGAUCAUGGUGAUGCCAUUUCUCAAAUUUACACUGGAACAAAUGCAUUGAAGUCAUCGUUUACUAGAUCAGGAAAGAUGAAUCUUGCUGGUGCCUUAUCGGACGUGACCAAAUCGGUUUCGAGAAUGUAUCAAAAUACAUUUGUUGAUGGGAAGAAACAGUCCACGAUUGAUUUGUUGUUAGGUGUUGGCGGUCCUCAAUCAAAAAAAGUGAAGAUCUACGAUCCAGCUAGUGAUUACGUGACAGCUCAGUUGGAACAGCAAUCGCAUGUUUUUACAACUGAUGCAAAUAUCAAAGUGUUUACCGGUACAUACAAUGUCAAUGCUUUAGAGCCACUGGCUAAUAUCGAUUUAACUUCUUGGUUAUUCCCACCGGAAAAUGAUGCAGUGCCAGACAUUUAUGCCAUUGGAUUUCAAGAAUUGAUUGAAUUGAAUGCAGGGUCAUUCCUCGCCGGUGAUGUGACCAAGCCACAAAAAUGGGCUGCCAUUUUGAAUCAACAGCUAAACUCUCAACGAGAGCAAUAUGUUCUAUUACGAACUGAAUCAAUUGCAUCAAUGUCAUUAUUCUUAUUUGUGAAAAGAUCAUCCAUUCAACAUGUGACGCGAGUUUCUGGAUCUUCAAAAAAGACCGGGUUGGGAGGUAUUGCCGCAAACAAAGGUGCUUGUGCUGUACGAUUCGAAUAUGGAGCCACGUCAUUUGCAUUAAUUACGUCUCAUUUAGCCGCCGGUACCACGGCAAUAGCUGAACGAUUUAAUGAUUAUACCACCAUAAUGCAAGGAAUGGUGUUUACAAGGAACUACUCGAUUCAUGACCAUGAUCAUGUUAUAUGGUUUGGUGAUUUGAAUUAUCGUAUUGAUUUGCCCAAUGGACAAUGUCGUAAUUUGAUCGAGCAUGGAGCAUUUGAUGAACUAGUUAAGAAGGAUCAAUUGAAAUUGGAGAUGAGAGAUAAGGGGGCAUUUCUGGAGUUUAAUGAAGGUGCAGUUAAAUUUUACCCCACUUAUAAAUUCGACAAGGGAACUUCCGAUUACGAUCUGUCGGAAAAACAGAGAGUUCCCUCAUGGACUGAUAGAGUGCUAUAUCUCAGUUUGAAAAAGAAACGUAAUGAUUUAAAACAAUUGAAUUAUAAUUCGGUUAUGGAUAUGUAUUUGAGUGAUCAUAAACCAGUGUAUUCCACGUUUGAAGUUAAAGUUGAAUUCGUGGACAAGAUUAAGAAAUCAGCCAUGGCAAAAGAUUUAUACGAUGGAUAUAGAAAAGAGCAUGGAAACUCAUAUGAUUUGGUGUCGUUGAAUACAUUAUCACCAACCCCAUCGACCAAAUCAGUUUCAUCGGCAAACAAAAAUGAAAGUUUUGUCAAUGAUGCGUUAACGGAUUUGAAUUUAUUGGACGAUUUUGACCCUCGGGCACCUAGCUUACCAACGCGCCCAAAUCCAAACUCAACUGCUCCAAGAAGGGUGCCUCCCCCACCGGCUAGUCGCAAUACAACAUCAACAUCAAUAUCACCACCAAUAAAUCAGGGAGGUUCCUCUACUAAUUUACCUCGUAAAUUGCCGCCAUUACAAUCACCAUUACCCUCCAAUGGGCAACCCAUACCACGUCCUUCUUCAUCUCAGUCAAGUAUGCAGGGAUCACCAAAACCAAUGAAAAUUCCAAUUGGAUUCUCAUCAUCACCAUUAAUCCCCAGUCGUUCCAAUCUGAAUUCACCAUCAGUCUCUAACUCACCAGUGUCGACACCAUCACAAUUGGAUAAUAAUAAGGCUAUCAAGCCUCAUAGUGAGUUGAAACCAAUGGUGCCGAAUAAACCAUCAUCUUUGUCAUCUUCGAAAUUGAAAACCGCGGAGAAUAAUGACAGCGAUGGGGACUCUGUUGAAGGAACAAGGGCGGAGGUGAAAAAUGUUAAAAGUAAUGGUACCGGCCAAUCACCUCCGCCUCCUCCUGUGAGUCGCAGCAUGAGGACAAUGUCUGAUUGGCAACCUCUAGUACCAAAGUAA